AUGGCAAGCCGAGCUCUGACUCCCUUCCAGCUCAUGGCCACGCUCUUGGUGGCGUUCCUUGCCACAUGCCAUGCCGGCGGCAUCGCCGUCUACUGGGGGCAGAACGACGGCGAGGCGUCCCUGUCCGACACGUGCGCCUCCGGCAACUACAAGUUCGUCAUCCUCGCGUUCGUGUACAAGUUCGGCAAGGGGCAGACGCCGCAGCUGGACCUUGCCAGCCACUGCGACCCCUCGUCGGGCGGCUGCACGGGGCUGAGCGACGACAUACGUUCGUGCCAGAGCAGCGGCGUCAAGGUCCUGCUCUCCAUCGGCGGCGGCGACGGCAGCUACGGCCUGACCUCCGAGGGGGACGCGCGGGACGUGGCCGCGUACCUCUGGAACAACUACCUCGGCGGCACGUCGUCGUCCCGGCCCCUCGGCGACGCCGUCCUUGACGGCAUCGACUUCGACAUUGAGCUCGGCGGCGCCAAGUACUGGGACAGCCUCGCCAGGGACCUGAAGAACAUGGGCAAGAACCAGGGCGGCAAGGGGGUGCUCCUGAGCGCGGCGCCGCAGUGCCCGUUCCCGGACGAGUGGGACGGCAACGCGAUCCGCACGGGUCUCUUCGACUUCGUGUGGGUGCAGUUCUACAACAACCCGCCGUGCCAGGUGAGCGCGGGGCGCGGCGCGUUCAUGGACGCGUGGAAGCAGUGGGAGUCGGUGCCGGCGGGGCAGAUCUUCCUGGGCCUGCCCGCCGCCAAGGACGCGGCCGGCACCGGGUUCGUGCCCGCCGGCGAUCUCAACUCCAACGUGCUGCCGCUCAUCAGGGGCUCGCCCAAGUACGGCGGCGUCAUGCUCUGGUCGAAGUACUACGACGAUCGCACGGGCUACAGCUCGGAUAUCAAGAGCCACGUGUGA